GGACACGGAGCGUGUCCCAUUGUACGAGCUGCUCUCGAACCCGCGGUUGUUGCGGCGCAACCCUGUUUAAAUGCGUGAUUCCUGUAAAGUUGUUUCGUCUCGUUGUCGCCGGUUCACCGCCUGAGAUCCGGGUCCACGCGCGAAUCUGACCGAGCAAGCAGCGCGUUGUGAGCGGGGCAAGCAGCGGCGGGUCUCCCCGGAGGAAUUAGUUGGUUGUCGGCGGCGGAGCCACCUUGCGGUCCCGCUAGCACCGGGGCUAGCUUACGUUUGCGGCGGCUGUUUGUGCAGCGUGAAUCUGGUGGAGAUCCGCAGGGAAACAUGAGUCUAACCGGACACGGUUGUGUUUCCAAGUGAGUCACCGGAGCUUGGGUAAAACACCGGGGGCCUCUCGGCGCUCGAACCGUAGCCGUUAGCCGAGCUAGCUUGUGAGCUAACACCACCGGGUUGUCUUUCACAAAGGGGGGCAGAGCGUGAACGGUAGCCGUGGUCGUCCACCUGACGCCGGCUGCUUAACCGACCUCAACCGGGCUGUCGUAGCGCGAGAGCGAGCACUCGACCCGGUCCAGGAUGAACGGGUUCAGCACGGAGGAGGACAGCCAUGACGGACCGCCCGCGCCGCCGUUCUACGGGCAGAGCUGCUGCCUGAUCGAGGACGGGGAGCGCUGCGGCCGCUCCGCUGGAAACGCCUCCUUCAGCAAGAGGAUCCAGAAGAGCAUCUCCCAGAAGAAGCUGAAGCUGGACAUCGACAAGAGCGUGCGACACCUCUACAUCUGUGAGUUCCACAAGAACUUCAUCCAGAGCGUUCGCAACAAGAGGAAGAGGAAGACCAGCGACGAUGGAGGAGAAUCUCCGGAUCAUGACGUGGAGGUGCCUGAGGUCGAUCUCUUCCAGCUGCAGGUGAACACGUUGAGACGCUACAAGCGACACUACAAGCUGCAGACCAGACCUGGACUCAACAAGGCCCAACUGGCAGAGACGGUGAGUCGUCACUUCAGGAACAUCCCGGUGAACGAGAAGGAGACGCUGACGUACUUCAUCUACAUGGUGAAGAGCAGCAAGAGCCGCUUGGACCAGAAAGGAGACGGCGGCAAACCGUUGGACUAAAGCUUCCCGACGACAACCGCAGCAAUCGACAGUGAUCUAAACCCACGGUGACAAACAAGCAUUAUUGAAGCUGGACACCACUAACUACAGCCACCACCGCUAUGACAAGCUCCUCCCACAAUCCUGCGCCCCACGCCGCCUCCGCACCAGACAGUGACUCUCUCCGUCCUCAAAGGACGCCUCACAGAGCAGGAGGCCGAGGGAUUCGGGAUGGGACGAGUUUCGCUUUCGCCCAUUUCGCCCUUUUCAGAUAAACCCCAGUCCGUGCACAUGUUGUCACGCCCAUCGAUCCUCUCUCUCCUCCGCAAAAAGCCGAGUCCCUAAAGACUGUCGAGGACCAGGACGCCGCGUCUCACGCUGUAAUGUAACUUGUCGAUAUGUACAAAAGGAAUCACGUCCGAUUUGAAGUAACCUGGUGGAAUGAAAUGUACAAAAUUAGCUGCCUUAAGUGUGAAAAGCAAAACACGUUUUGGUAAUUUUGGGGGGUUUUCUUUUUUUCUUCUCUUUGCCGAGUUGACUGUUAAAACACGUUUCGCCAUCCACGAGGAAACGCUUGUGCCAAACAGAGACCGAGAGAAGAGUGUUGGUGAUGAAUGAGGCUGAGAGGGAGGGUUUCUCUUCUUUUUUUUAAUGUGAAAGAACGAAUGAAUUGUAGGAAAGUGGAGCCGCCGUCACUGAACUCCCGUUGAGCUCACAAAACUGGCAAAGUCUUUCACACUCUAAAAUGAAGAAGAUGCAUUGAACGACCGUGGUGAAUGAAGCAGCAUUUGGCUGCGAGCCACUCUUCUCCUCCUCCCUCGUAUAAACACACAAGGAUUCAUUUCUCUGAGCAUUGCAGGCGGUCGCAACUUCCUUUUUUUUAAAUACAUAUAUAUAUAUAUAUAUUUAGUUUCCUUCUUUUUAGUUGAGCCACAAUUCUAUUGGUUGUAUAAAGUUGUUUCUUGGAGAUAUGAUUUAGUUUUUGUUUUGUUUCUCAGCUAAAAGGAAAUGUGUGUGUACUUGUACUUCUGUCUUUGUGAGGACUUGUUUCACCUUUUGGAGAGAGCACGUCUCAGCCGGUCCUCGUGGAUUGAAAAGGCUGUUUGAGGGUUAAUACUUGAUAUUAGGGUGAUGUUAUGGUUUAGGCGUUUAUUUGUGGUAGUAAAAGUUAAGGGUAGUGGGCUCGAGUGUUUUAUGUCAACAAGUGUCCUCAGACAAGAUGGAAGUACAAGUGUGUGAGCGAGUGUGUGUGAAACGGGGGAAAGAGUCAAUACUGGCACCUUUUUAAUAUUUAAGAGUUUAUAGUUGACGGCCUCUCAACUCUUGAUUUGAAUCUUUUCCAGCCUGGAUGUAUUUCAAGAAGCUGGAUUGAUGAUUGUAGAUUGUUCUUUUGUUUUCUUCCCGUAGUCAGAAUGUCACGCAGCAGAGCUCAUUCACUUCACAGUCACUCAAAGUCACUUCAAUUACCCACACUCGUAGAUAUUAGUCCUCCAGAACUGAAUGGCCACUUUCUUGACCCAUGUCCCAUCCUGCCUCUAAAGCUCUGUGGAAAUCUGUCCAGUGGUUGAAGUGUAAUCCUGCUGUCAGCUGCAGAAAUCUGUUUCACAGGGAGUCUUCAAUGUUCAACAGGUUGAUGCAGAACUGACACUGUCCCUCUGGCUCAUGUGUGUAGCUGAAUGUCAUACGUGUCCAAUGUGAAUCUGAUCUGGCUCCAAAACUGCAUCACAACCAAACCGGAUCCUAAUAGGUUUCACAUUUGUACGUAAACAGUAACUCUGCUAGUUUUGGCUGCAACUUAUGAAUUAUUUUCUAUUUAAGUGACCUGUCACUCGUCCAGUUUGUAUGAAGUCCUCUGCAGAGCCGAAGAAUCACGUCUCUGUCGAACUUUGCCGUCAGCUGUUCGACUGGGUCUUUUUAAUUUUCACCAAACCGCAGGCAGUGAUGAGAGAUGACCAGCAGGUGGCCUCCUGUGACCCUGUUACCGUUACACAUGAUGAAUUUGAUUUAUUUAAAUCCUCCGUGUUUUAACGCUUGACCUCCGUAAUCUGUUUCUUUUCUUUCUAAAUGAUGGCGACUCCACGAGCGUACACACUGUUUGAGCUUCUUCGUUCUUUUCUUUUUAUCUCGUCAUCUUUUUGUCGCGUUAUAUUUAAGUUGACCAGGUUUCAUUUUGUUAGUGUUUGUAUUUUUUCAGUUUUGGCUUGUAGGUUUUUUUGUUAGUGUCAUAUAGAGAAACACCUGACUUUAUUAACUCAUAGGCCAUGCCACAUUAACCUAAUUAUUGUAUUAGAAAAAAACAUAUUUAAAUAUGACUGCUUAUUGCUCCUGAUGAUGAUGAUAAUAAUUAUAAUAAAUGUAUUGUACAGGCAGAAUCAAAGCUCUCGUGUCUGUUCAUUCACAGAUUCACCCACAGUCUCACAGGAGGUUCAUGUUUCUCCUGCAGAUUUUAACAAACACAUUGAAAUGAUUUUUGAAAUAAAACAGUUUUAGAAUUAA